GUACUCCAUCGUCCUGACGGCCACGUCCAACGCAAACCUGGUUUUGUUCUUGUACAUCGGCCUCGCGCAGACCUUCACCGGUAUGCUAUUGCCGCUCAGCGUUCUCAAGGACGACUCUAGACACUCGAAGUCGCUGACCAGGAACGCCACCAGGUACGUGGACAUCGGCGGCGAUGCUUCGAAGAACGUCGCUACGGCGGACUCGUCCUCCUUCAUCGUCUCCGUUCUCUGCAACAAUCGUGCGCCGAGCUCCAGGUUUCCGUAGGCGACGGUUCCGACUCACCGAUACUGGCAUGUUCGACAACGCGUGGUACAGCUUCUCGGUGUGAAGAGUGCGGAUCAGGAACGUGGCCUUGAACCGCGGCUCGUCGAAGCAGGGAAAAGCGGUUCUCGCGUAGGUUGGCUCGAACUGAGUGCUCGCCAAGUCUCUGCGAAUAAUUUGAAUCAGCGUUACCUCUGGAAAGCUGGUAGAUCUGGCCUACCUGGUGGAUCCGCCGGGGUCGGUGUAUUUGCUCAGAUAGAACCCGGUCAAUUUUCUCUUUAGACUGCCCGUGAAAUUUAUCUUUAGAUAGUACUGGCCGGAUAGAGCGACGUCGAGCGUCCUGAUGACCAGCAUUUCGCGUUGAUCUAUCACUGUCACCGACUUCAGGGGCACCUCUACUCGCGACGCUCGAGAGUACAACUUCGUCGAAAGUAUGGUCAGGUUGCUCGAGUGUAGCACGAUGGAGCUUCGAGCCUGCGGAGAUCAAUGUCCGGAAUAGGAAGCGUAGGAUCUUAAGAAAAGCGAUCUAACGUUAGAUAUCUCCAUGUCGAUGCGAAUGGAUCCGUGGAAAUCGUGGUUCUGGAAAUCGGGCGCGAUCGCGAUCACAUAAUCGCUGGGCACCACGUCAUCUGGCAGCCGUUUGUCAACGGGCAAAUCAUUCUCGUGGUGGCCCACUGAUCGCGCGAUCAUCGUAAUUAAGACGAGCAGCCGGCCGCUCAUCAUCUUUUUCACAACAAAGACCGCCUGUUCGAGCGAGCUUUUUAUCGGCGACAACCUCGAAACUAACUCUUCGUUCACCGAGCCUGAUUAAGAGUUUCUGAUUGAAUGUGCUCCGGGGGCCGCCGAUCGCCAGAUUGGUUAGCCGAUCCACACUCGAGACUCACUUCAGCGGGCUACGGAAAAAAUAUCCAAUCGAAGAUUAUCGCGUAUCUCUCCUUGCAAUACUUCUCGCAUUCUGUUGCGGUGAAAAGGAUUGCAAUGUUUUCAUUUUACGACAGAUUUUAUCUUAUCGACAGAUUAUGGAUCGUCGGGAUGGCCAUAGCUUUGUAUUCUUAUUCGAGAUCUUUCGGAGGAAGCUGACCGAGUCGAUGGAUCACAGAUCGUUCCAGUGCCGAAAAGAGAACAGAGGCGCCUUGAUCAUUUUUUCUAAUCGAUUACGUAACCGCGGAUGAAUCUGUAGAAUGAAUAGCGUUCGCAUACGCUUAUGGCAGCCGAGUCCUCAACUUCCAGCAAAGAAUGCUACUCACAGAAGUGAAAGUAUAGAGAGCAGCAGACGCGUGCUCCGAAGCGGAGCGCCAAUGGAAGGCCCCUAGUGGACAAAGAGGGCCUUUCAGAUAAGACACAGACGAAGAUAAUUCACGGGGCCAAAGUAGGGGAAAUAUAUAAUCCCAGGCUAACCUUGGAAAGCGGUUAGUCUGCGGUUCUAGCUGGCAAUUCCACUCUGUCGCACGUGCAGUGAAUAAAAGUGUGAAGAACCGAAUUUCAGAGCAAUCUUUCUGGGCCUUACGUCUUUAGGAUCAGCGAAGAUGGCAAAGUACAAGUUGACGUAUUUCAACGUGAUGGGUCUUGGCGAGCCCAUCAGGUUCCUGUUGACCUACGGUGGCGUCGACUUCGAGGACGUCCGGUUGGAGCACUCGUCGCCCGAAUGGACGACAACGAAGACAACGACCCCGUUCGGUCAAGUGCCCACGUUGGAAAUCGACGGGAAAGUUUACUCGCAGACGCUGCCAAUCUGCCAAUACCUGGCCAAACAGUUUCGUUUGCGGGGGAAGACCGAUCUCGACGACCUGGAAAUCGACGGCAUCGCGAACGCCCUCCACGACUUUAGGAGACUCGUUAUAUCGAACUACUACAGGGAAACCGAUCCGGUCCUGAAAGCCAAAAAGAAGACGGACGUGUUCACCAGGGUGAUACCAUUCUAUCUGAACACGUUGGAAGCUCUGGUGCAGAAGAACGACGGAUACCUGCAUGGUGGACAGUUGAGCUACGCGGACCUCUUCUUCGUCGCUAUCUCGGACUCCAUAACCACCGCAUACGAGUCCGACAUUACGAAAGAGCAUCCCAACUUGAAGGCUUUAAAAGAGAAGAUUUUAUCCAUACCGAGCAUCAAGGCGUGGGUGGAGAAGAGACCGAAACUUCUGUAUUAAAGUAUUGUCACAGGGUAACCUGUCUAAUUCGUGCUCUCGUGCACACAACGAGAUUCUAAUCCUAAUAAAAGCAAAAAUAAACCACUCA